AUGACUUUUGACACAAAGCUAACGUGGAAAAGUCACAUUGCCAAAAUAGCAGAACGAGUCUCCAAUAGACUGAAUGUACUGAAACGUCAUGCUGGUAGCGUAUGGGGCUGUGCACGCUCAACUCUCAACACCACUUACAAGAUGUUUAUUCAGCCAAUAAUGUUGUAUUGCUGUGAGCCACUCAUUACAGCCACAGAGGUGACUCUCAAACCACUCGAGAAGGCACACAACCAAGCAUUACGACUAAUUACUAGAGGGAUAAAAUCAACACCCAUUGAUGCAAUGCUCCUAGUUACAGGAAGCACCACAAUAUGUUCCCUUAUCAAUGAAAAGGCCUUGAUCCUGUAUGAGAAGCUACUGCGCAUUCCCAUGGACAAGUUCAUCAGCACCUAUGAGAAUAGACCAAGACAUCUGAAAACGCAAUAUGGUCUAAUACAGAAAGCCAUAGAACUGAAGAAAGCAUUACUUACUCCAUACAAUCGGCCUUCACUCCCCAAAGACGAUUCACUCGUAUCUCUGCAGUGCACGUAA